AUGGUGCCAAGCAGGUACAUGGGAGGAGACAGAAACCUCACGUCUGUGACAAUGUUUGUUCUCCUGGGAAUCUCAGAAGAAAAGGAGCUGCAGCUUAGUCUAUUCCCAGUCUUCCUGGUGAUCUACCUUGUGACAUUGUUCUGGAACCUGGGUCUCAUCAUCCUGAUCAGGAUGGACUCCCACCUGCACACACCGAUGUACUUUUUCCUCAGUGUCCUUUCAUCGAUAGACAUCUGCUAUACUACCUCCAUCAGCCCCAGGAUGCUUUCGGAUUUCUUCAAAGAUAAAAAAGUCAUUUCCUUCAUUGCCUGUGCCAGUCAGUUUUUUAUGGCUUCCUGGAUGGGUCAGGCUGAGUGCUGCCUGCUGGCCGCCAUGGCCUAUGACAGAUACGUGGCCAUUGGCCACCCUCUGCAGUACUCAACCAUCAUGGCACCUGGGUUCUGUUGGAAGAAGGCUGCUGGGGCCAUUGUGUGUGGUUUCCUUUCUGGCUUAGUUGAAUCAAUCACUGGGUUUGAGUUAUACUACUGUGGACCAAAUUUAAUCCAGCAUUUCUUCUGUAACAUACCUGAAAUUAUGAGUCUAUCUUGUUCUAAUCCUUUCAUUGGUCAAAUGAGUCUUUUUCUGGUCAUUCUUUUUGUUGCUGGAGGUUCUAUGGUUAUAGUUUUGUUAUCCUAUGGUUUCAUUGCAGCUUCCAUCAUAAAGUUAUCUUCCGUCAAAGGUAGCGCCAAGGCCUUCAACACCUGUGCGUCCCACCUGGCGGUUGUGACCCUCUUCUAUGGCACAGCCCUCGCUGUAUACUUGCAUCCUAGUUCUGGUAACUACACAAAACAGAACAAGUUUCUGUCCAUAUUCUAUAUUAUCAUUAUCCCCAUGUUAAAUCCUUUUAUCUAUAGUCUGAGGAACAAAGAGAUCAAGGAGGCCCUCAGGAGGGUGGUGAAGAGGGCAACACAUUUGUCUCAUUAA